CACUUGUCUCAUACACCUUCAGCUACAACAGUGGGCAACGGAGGUCAGAGAGAAGCAUGGAUACCUGGAAGAUGCAAAUUCCUGUAGAGAUGACGCACCCGUCACAAACAACGUCAACAAGCUGGAACCUUCUAGAAAAUGCUUCUGAAGAUGUGGCUUCUGUCUUUACUGGGUGCAGCAUUGCUGCUCACCCUGGCAGCCUCUCAGAACACAGGGCAGGAAGAGAACUGUUUGAUGGAUUCAUCUUCAGGAUGUUCCUAUGCAAGAGCCCCGCAGUACCUGAUCAUUGCACCAAACCGCAUCAGAUCAAACCAGGUCUUUCAUGUCUUUGUCUCAAUCUUGAAAAUGGAGUAUGGGCAGGAUGCAGUCUAUGUACAUGUGUCCAUUAUCAAGGACAAUGUUGAGUUUGCCAAUAGUGCUUUGCGCUUUGAGCGACCUUCAAGCAGAAUUUUGCAGUUGCAGAUGCCUGCUAGUUCCCAACAUGGCAAGUAUCAACUUCGCGUUGAGGGACGUCUGAGGGAGUCGGAUAGUGGUAACAUUUGGCAGAAUACCACAGAUAUUCACUACUCCUCCAAGCGAGCCUCCCUGUUUCUUCAGAUGAGCAGGCCUUUGUACCGACAAGGCCAGAUGGUUCACUUCAGAGUUGUUCCGAUCCUUCCCAACAUGAUGCCAAAAUAUGGAAGCAUGAUCAUCUAUGUGGAUGAUCCAACAGGAAUACCUGUACGCAGAUGGCAAGGAGUGCAAACCAAUGCUGGAGGUAUUGUAAACUUGAACUUCCUGUUGUCGGACCAACCUAACUAUGGAGUUUGGCAUAUUCGAGUGGAUGCCUUUGGCCAUAUUUACCGGCGUCCUUUCACUGUGGAAGAGUUUUGGGAGCCUCGUUUUGAUGUAAAUGUGUCAGUGCCUGCCUACGUUAUGGAAACUCCAACGGUCAAGAUCCAUGGUGUUGUACUGGCUAAUCAAACAAGCGGACGCCCCUGUCUUGGUAACGCUUCCAUCUCAGCCUUCUUCCGACCUCGCGAGGAGAUUUGGAACGCCACCCGUGGCUGGGAGAAGCCGUGGAGAGAUGGCUACAACCGCCGGGAAGGAGUUGUGUUUGAGCGACCUCCGUAUAUCCCUGUGCGCCAUGUCCCUGUCAAGGAUUACUACAUGUACUUUGCGUAUGAGUACAGAUUCAUUGAAUAUUUUGAAGGUCGCAUUGACUUUACGUGGAGCUUGGACCAGCUUUCAAAAAUAGCAGCUCGUGGAGGUGAAACGGGAAAACUUUUGGACAGUGAAAUAGUCUUCUUUGUCAAUGUGACGGACUGGUAUUCAGGUCUCAAUCGCACAGGAUGGGCUAGCACUAUCAUGUUUAACUCCAAGAUUAAAUUGGAAUGGGUGGGAGAACCCAUCCGGACUUUCAAACCACAGUCCAUUAUGAAAGUUCAGGUUGCUGUGACAAAAUAUGACGGCACCCCAGUACGAGGUGGUGGUACAGUGACCUUGACCGAUGUGACCACACCCGCAGGCUCGGGCAUCUCUGGGCCACAGACUCGGGUACCGGUCAACGGCAUAGCAGAAUUUGAGUACACUUUAGGACAAAACACGAGGAGCAUGGUUAUAACAGCUAGGUACAGUGAUCAGCGGCAGACUUAUAGUGGGAACAGCCCUGUGUACCUAGACGAAAGUUUUGUGAGAGGGGACACAGAACCCAUCACCAUGUACGCGACCAGAUACUACUCCCCGACUAACUCCUACAUCAGUAUCAUGACCUCCACGGAUCAUCCAAAGGUGAACGAAUACAUGAUCUUCCAUGUAAAGACCAGUUACUUCGUGCCAAGGGUGUACUAUCAAAUUGUGUCCCAAAGUAACAUAAUCACUGGCGAUGAGCUGGAGAUGACAUCGAAGCAAAAGACAUUUUCCAUAGCUCUGUCUCGGGACAUGGUACCGACUGCUAGAAUCGUGGUGUUUUUCAUCAGACAACCGGAAGAAAUAGUAACAGAUGUUUUGAACUUCUUUGUGAAUGGGACCGGACAGAACCAGGUGAGGCUGGGUAUCAACCGCGGCAAAGACUUCAGCCGUGACACAAUUGAGUUUAAUGCGGAGGCUGACCCAGGCUCCUACGUGGCUUUCAGUGGAAUGUUACUUGAUCUCUACAGUCGUGGCCUUAGUGAUGGCAUCACGGAAAACAAGCUGAUUGAUGAGCUGAUGACCUACGACAACUCGGCCAACAGCAGCUACAGACAUCUGUGGAGAACAAGUGACACAGAUUACCAAUACAAAUUCUUCCAUGGACCGGACUACGGAAUUGAUGCCAACACCAGCUUCAUUAGUGCUGGUCUACUCAUUCUUACUGAUGCACGGGUGCCUCGUCUUUUCAACGAUGAAAUCUGCCGACUUCAGAACACCUACCCGUGCUUCACGGGCAUAGGAGAGGACUGCUACACUGAUGAGCACAGGUGUAACAAAAAGGUUGAUGGCUGUCCCACUGAUGGAGCUGACGAAUGGGGAUGUGUGUAUGAAGAAGACCGCACUGUUCACAAAUCUCCAUUAGACAGAGUGAGCAGAGUCAUGCGGUUUUAUGACAACAGCUCUUGGGCAUGGCAAGAAAUCUUUGUCAAGCCUGAUGGACGUGUAGACUUCCGAGUGGAUGUUCCCAAGUACCCUCUGUCCUGGGUGAUCAAUGGCUUGUCUAUUAGUCGUACUUUGGGACUUGGUAUAAUGCAAAACCCAGUCAGGUAUGAUGCAGCUCGCUACAUGUACAUCCAAGUAGAACACCCAAAACACAUCAUCAGAGGGGAACAGAUUGGUGUACGAGUCACAGUGUUCAACUACUGGUAUGAUGAUGACUAUCUAGAGGUCCUAAUCACCAUGCACCAGGGCCCUGACUCAGAGUUUGUCAUUGUGGGAGACAUGGGCUACGUCACCUCUUACACACCGACCACCCACAAAAAGGAUCAGCAGACUAUUGUCUUUUUGGAACCAGGAGAAUCCAAAGACAUCUACAUGCCUAUAAAGCCAGACAUAAACCUAGUAGAUGGCAUAAUGACCUUCAGAGUGUCUGCAACUUGCUUCAUGGAGAAAGAUGAAUAUGUUGGAAAGAUGUCUGUCAAACCUGACGGAGUGGUGAACUACUAUCAUACACCGUAUCUGGUUGAUCUGAUUCGCUAUGCCUCCAUCCAAAUGCCUCAGUUCGAUGUGGUUGUGCCUGAACAGUUCAGAAAGCCUGAAGUGCGAUACAACUUGUAUGUGCCACAGAGCCCAGUGGCUACCACCUCUCUCUUUGGGGAUGUGGUCACACCUGGCUUCUUUCAGGACUAUUUGAAUGCGGAGAAUGUGCUGUACCGUCCUUAUGGUGGUGGAGAGAUGAUCACAUUCAACUUUGCCUACAACCUGUUGACUCUCAAGUUUAUGAAAGCAUCCCAGCAGCUUUCCAAUGAUCAACUCAAACGGUCAUUAGCAGAGAUGAAUGUUGCCUUCCAGCGUAUUCUGGGAUACAUGAAUCACACUGAGGGCUCCUUCAAGAUGUUCCGAGAUGAUUCAAGACCUAGUCUGUGGUUGACAGCCUUUGUGGUAAAGACUCUCUACAAUGCCAACUACGGAGAAUGGGAACGAGAUUUGUUCAUUCCUCGAGAGUUGAUCAACAAAAUACUUAUCUACAUCUGUUCAAGGCAAAAUGAAACUGGAGCAUUUGACCCAGAGGAGAAUGAUGUCACAUAUGAUCGAAAAAUGGCGUCUGCGUCUUACAUAAAGAACGACAAACUGCGGUCUCACCCAAUACCGCUUACGUCUUAUAUCCUCAUCGCUUUGUUCGAAACGGAGGUUUCAGAGGAUGCAGCAGCUUGUGUUGACUCAGCGCGGAGGAGAGCUGUGAGCUACUUGUCAUCCAAUUUCAAUGACAUUAAAGAAGUUUUCCACAAAGCCAUAGCAACAUACGCCCUUAGUCUGAGCCAAAAUCGGCAGCCUUUCUUUGAUUUGUGGAAACUCAAGAGGAAUGACUCUGACUUUGUGUAUUUCGCGGAUCACACUGUGUAUGAAAAUCCGUCUGACUUCUUGAACAAUGUGCGCUAUUUGCUACCAAGGCAAGAGUUGAUGAACGACGCAUAUGCUGUGCAGUCGACUGCCUAUGCUCUUAUGGCUCACAUUAGCACUAAUCAACCAGAGAAAUAUGAGAGAGAAAUGAUGAUGAGCUGGUUGAAUACCAUGAGGAACAGUAUUGGAGGCUUUACCUCCACUCAGGACACCAUCCUGGCCAUGGAGGCGCUGUUUAUGUUCACUCAAGUGGACGCUCACCGGAAUGUCUUUGACGUUGUCACCACAGUGGAGGCCACUUCCUCUCCGUCGUGGUCAAAGACCAUGACUCUGAAGAAACUGGAUUAUGUCAAACUGUUUAAAGCCAAUCUACCAUCUAACAAAGUGUUCGGCUUCACCGUCCCAGUGUCACAGGGGACAGGAAGAUCUGUGUUUCAGUUGACAACCACCUUUAAUGUGGAGUACCCCUUCCUGCUGAAACUGCCGCAGCGUGUGGACAAUGACCCCUUCAAGGAUCCCAUCAAGUUCUUUGAUCUCAUCGUGGAGGAGCAGUACUUCAGUGGAAGGAAUGACUCUAUCAUGGAGAUGACUAACUGUGUCAGCUGGCUAUUUACCGAGAAGAGCUUGACCUCUGGCCUUGCAGUGCUGGAGGUGGACAUCCCUACAGGUUAUAUUGUGAUGAACGACACUCUGCGAGACUACGUCCAGUCUGGACUGGUGCCCAAUCUGAGGAGAGCGGAGUUUUAUGGGCGGAAGGUUGUCUUCUAUUUUGACUACUUGGAUGAAAGUAAGACUUGUGUGUACUUCCGAGCGGACAGAUGGUAUCCUGUUGCCAAUGCUACCAUACAGCACAGAGUGAGAGUGUAUGACUACUAUGAACCAGGCAUGCACAACACUACAAUGUACACGACGCGGAAUCUGUUUCUGAUGAAUAUUUGUUUUGUGUGCGGCUCCUACCAGUGCCCGUACUGCCCCUACUUCAACGCAGCGAAUAUCGCACAAGCUGGAGCCAGCAUUGCUUUGUUCCUGUUAUCUGUCUUUAUUGUUCAGAGGUUGUUACUUCGAGCUAGGUAGUCCCUCCUUUCAUUUGUUUGUUGCAUUUCUCAAAGCAUUCUAUCCUUUCUACAACCACCAGUUCUUAGAAGUCUUAUCAUUUUAGUCUAUCCUUUCACUAUUCUGACUCAAUGCUCAAUCUGGAAUAUUCUAUUCUUUUUUCUUUCUUGUCUCUCAUUCCAUCGUAAAACUGCAUCAUCCUGUUGUAAUGUCUUUGUGAUGUCGCUAAAACAUUCCAUUGUUCCAUCCUUUCUGCCUUUGGCAGAUUGUGGUCUACUGUAAUUCUAAGUGCCCUUCACCAUUUGUUUUGUACCAUAACUCUGUUACUGGAGGUUUCACUUGCUGUUUCACUACAGUUACUACACUUGCAUCUGGAAAUCGUUCCUAACCUUUUUCGGUUUUACAGAGAGUGUGACAGGGGACUUCCAUAAAAUUGUGGCAUGACUUUUUUUCUCUAGAUCUGAACUUGUUUUCACUUUUGUACCGUGGUAGUAUGUUGCUGUAGUAUAUUCAAGGAAAAUUGUUUGAAGAUUCACGGCGUUUGUAUCAGUAUGUUCUACUCUAUUGAUCCAGACCAAAGUACAUACUGCCAAGGUUUAUUGUAUCCUCUACUCAUUGCAUUCCAUAGAAUAUCUUUCUCUUUCUUUAUGAUGAAAUGUUGAAAUUCUAUGUGCCACUGUUCCAUGAUAUAGUUGAAUUUUUCGCUACUCCAAUGUUUGAAUGCAAGCCUUCUCUCCAAGGCUGUCACCUUAGGCAUUCGGCAAUGUCCCAAGAAUUGAUAUCAUAACUACAGCUGAAACCAUUUUUUUUACAACAAGGAGUAUAUAUAAAUUAACAUAUUUAAUAUUACAACUUCUGCCAUAUUUGCCCGUGGCAUAAUAUAACAAACUUUUGAAGUCAGAUUUAUUGAAUAUUUUUAUGCUCCUGAGAUUUCAGUUAGCUGAGCUGAAGAGUAAAACUUGGAUUAAUUUUUUUUUUUUAUAGUAGUAAGAAAUGAAAUGCAAACUCCCUGAUGAUAGACUUUUAUUUAGAGAUGAUUAAUCCGGUUUAACCCUGUCAAAGAAUUAACGAUGAUUAUACUAGCAUGGAAUAUGGAUGAUUGAGUGAAUGAUUGCCACUGACCAGGUUUAAUUUUUUAAACUUUCUAUGUGAUGAUGUUGUUCUCCAUAUGACUUGUUGUCCCUCGAUGCAAAGCUAGGCAGCUUAAUUAAAUGUACUAUUGUCUAAAAGUGGGCUUUUCAUUCUUGGGUAAAUAGAAUGCAUCGCAGCACUUCAGUGUGUAUCAUCACAUUGCCACGGUCAAGAAUCUGACCCCAGUAGAAUUGAUUUAUGUUGGGCCCUCAAGAGUUGGUCACAGCAUAUUACGCCCUUUACUCUUUCACUGUAGAGAAGAUUUGCUUGCCUUAGACUGCUGUAUACAUGCUGCUGACAAAAUUAAUAUAAGACCUACGAAGACUCAUGAAAGCAGAGCAUAUAUCAACUUUAGCUGAUGUAGGAUUUUAUUAGUUCACCUGGUGGAAAGGGUAUUAAUUAUUGUUUUUCUACGACAAGCUCCAGUGUAUUAGAGCCAUCUGUUAGCCUUUUUUCUACCUGAGAUUAAAUCCACAAUCUGCUGAUGGAGGAUGCAGUAGCCUACUUAAGACUUGCUGAAAUUAUUUCAGAGCCAGCAAAUCUUCUUUUACACAUAUAACCUCAGUGAAAUGAGCUAGUUAUACCAGUUGCAAAAGUUCAUGUUGGACAUACAGUUCAAGAACCGGUCAGUUUGACAGCGACUUAGUUUUAGACUCUACAAUAGUAAACAGUCAUCUUAAGAAUUAGUGAGUGAAAAUACUCUUUGUGAAAUGUAUUAUUAUUAGACAUAAUGACAGCAGUUUUAUGAAAACAGUACUCAAGAGAGAACAAUGGUCAUUGCAAGUAUGUUUGAAUUACACACAGAGUAUUUUGUGUCCUUCACCUGUUAUUUUUGGUGUUCAAGAUGUCAUUUAUGUUCAGCCUUCGUACAGAGUAUUUUUCUCUUCAUCGUGCAUUGUUUUGGUGUUCAAAAGACCAACUUUCAAAAUUAAAGAGUUCCUGUCUGUUCGUAGUCAACCCUAUUUAGUUAUUUAGUUUUUUGGUAUGUGGACAUUUUUUUGUAUUAAUCGUUCAUAUCAUAACUUAGACACAGUAGAGGAAUAGUGUAUUGUUUUUCCAGUGCCAAAUUUAUUGCACCAAGUUCUGUCAAUUCCAAAUAAAUUUCUUUUUUUUUUUAACAUUAAAAAAGUAUUCCUUCUUAUACAUUCGGUCAUUUCGCCCAAAAACGGUGAACAAUUCUCGAAGAGCUCAGGUUUCAACGUUGAGAGUGAACCAUUUUACAUAUCUUGUAUAUAAAAAUAUAUGCUUUCAUGUCCUAAUUGGUAGUUUCUAGACAAGUAAAUAUGCCUUAGAAAUCAGAGUGUGUAAUUAUUUUCAGCGCCAUCAUCUCCUUUUUUCAUCCUUCCUGCCCCUCAUCCCUUCUCAUUUUCUCAUGUUAAGUUGCGAGUACUGAAUGCAUAUAUGGCUGAUCAUUUUUUGAUUCCUCAUUCUUUCAUUGCCUACUGCAAAGUGAUUUGUUCAGUGUACUCGAUCCGUCUCUGUAAAAUAUGUAGGCAAACUUGAUCAUAAGCAUUGUGAAUAAACAUAUUUUUUCUUGUUCUUUUUUUGUUUUUGUACUGAAAUUGCGCAAGAGCCUGAGCUCACUGACUGUACUUGAUUAUGAGCGGGAGAGAAAUGUCCAUUGAGAAUGAUUGAUGACGAGUGUAAGAAGAGGAAUUCCAAAGAUGUUAUGUACAAAAUGAGUAUCUCAGCAGUCGCAAUCUAUAUUGAAUAC